GUGAACAACAGAAAAACAUCAGAAUCAAAAUUCAACUAUAAAAAAAAAAAUCCAUCCAACAAUAAAGCCGCGAGAAGACACUAGAAAGCGCUGUGAGGAACGUAACAGUCACAGAACGUUCACAAUCCCAACGGUAAUCUGCAAAAGGCGAAGGAGAGGUGGCUGCUUCCAAUCUCAUGAAGAUUCUCUCCUUCUGGUGCUUCUCGUUGCUCUUCACGGCAGCGAUAGCGACUGAAACAGCACAAGAUUCUCCGAUCACUCGUAUCGCUUUCGGAUCAUGCGCUAACCAAAGCGCUCCACAGCCGAUUUGGGAAGCGAUAAACAAGUACGAUCCACAAGUAUUCAUAUGGUUGGGUGAUAACAUCUACGGAGACAUCAGAAAACCAAACAGAUUAAUCGGGAAAGAGAGAACAAUUGGGCCAUGGAGAAACUCCCCCAGGUUUGUGCCUUCUUCAGAGGCCGAGAUGAAGGUGAGAUACGCUAAAGCCAAGGCUAAUCCUGGCUACUCUCGUCUCCAGAGGAAAGCUAGAGUGAUUGGCACUUGGGAUGACCAUGAUUACGGUUUGAAUGACGCUGGUAAAGAGUUUGAUCGUAAAGUCGUUAACCAGAGACUCAUGCUUGAUUUCUUGGAUGAGCCUCUUGAUAGCCCAAGGAGAAAGCAAGCUGGUGUUUAUGCUUCUUAUAUGUUUGGUCCAUCUAACCGGAAAGUCAAGGUUAUAGUUUUAGAUACUAGAUAUCAUAGAGACCCUUUGCGAAGUGAUGGGAGUAUCUUGGGUGAUACUCAGUGGGGAUGGCUCGAAAAUGAGUUGAGAGGUCCACACACUGAGAUUACUAUCAUAGCGUCCUCUGUUCAGGUAAUAUCAAAUCUUUCGGCUACCACUGGACCACUCUUUUAUAUGGAAUCAUGGGGCCGUUUUCCAAAGGAAAGGAAACGUCUUUUCCAACUUAUACAAGAUACCAAGAGAAAUGGAGUUAUAUUCAUCAGUGGAGAUGUUCAUUUCGGAGAGAUCACGAGAUACGAUUGUGCUGUUGGUUACCCUUUAUAUGAUGUCACAUCAAGUGGUCUUGUACAGUCUGUUGAGAAAGUUUUCCCUCGUCCCUUGCGUUUCCUCGUUAGGCUUAUGUUUUGGUAUACACCAAACACGAUGAGAGUUAUCAAUGAUAACUGCAGAUAUAGAUCCUGCACAUACGGGCAACAAAAUUUUGGAGCAAUAUCGAUAGAUUGGAAUGCAAAUCCGGCAGCAGUAAGGCUCGAGAUCAGAGAUGUUAAUGGAGUCACAGCACUAAGCACAAAUGUCUCACUAUCCGAACUCCAACCGCGAGGCUCAAAGUCAUUGACAGAUCCAAAUAAGAAGGGAAAGUCCCAACGACAUUGCACCCUUGAAGCUGAGUUGCCAGGAAUAACCAGAUACAGAUUGGCAGUUCUCGUCUACUUCAUCAUUGCUGUCUUGGUAAUGGCGUUAGUUGGAUUGAUCAUUGGAGUUGUGUUGACCAUAACAGCAUGCGUUUAUAAAUGCAAGGUCGACUGAUUCUUGAAUUUUGUUCCGGUAAAUGGCUUUGCGUUUUUUCAUAACCUUUUCAUUACACAACUAAAUGUUUACAUUCUUAUUACUUCAAUUGGUAUUAGCUUAGUCUAUUUCGUGAUUACUUAAGUGUAGUG